AGCAGCUGCCCAACCCCUGGCCUCAAACGGGUUGGGCAGCAUUCACUUCCCUGCGCGGUCCUCCCGACCUGCUCAGUCAUUAGGAAAUGCCUCCACAGCCGGCACAGUGACAGCAGCCUGUCAGCCCAGUGCCUCUGGGUGGCUCCAUCUGCUCCGUGGAGAAGAGACGGAAAGACGGACACCACUCAGACUCAGACCUCGGUGACUUUGUCCGUUUCCAAAACACCAGACACAUCCUCCAAGAGUGAGAAUCUACUUUUACUGAGGCUGGAUCUGAAUCUUCUGCCCACCUCUGGUCACCACACAAGGAGAAUCUGAAGAAUGAUUGGACAUGGCUGGUGUGUGACCACUCAGGGCCCAGCAGGCAGUUGCAUGUCUGAAGCCUGCUCUCUCUGAGGGGCCAUGUCAGAAGGAGAGAGCAAGGACAGUUCGGGCAGCGAGUGCCCUGUGUGCUACGAGAAGUUCCGGGAUCUGGAGGGCGCCAGCCGGACCCUGAGCUGCGGCCAUGUGUUCUGCCACGACUGCUUGGUCAAGUACCUGCUCUCCACCCGGGUGGAUGGACAGGUGCAGAGGACUAUCGUCUGCCCCAUCUGCCGCUACGUCACCUUCCUCAGCAAAAAGAGCUCCCGCUGGCCCUCCAUGCUGGACAAGAGCUCACAGACCCUGACGGUGCCCGUGGGCCUGCCCUCCAUGCCCUCCCCGGACCGCGGGGGCCACACAAACCCCCUGGCUGUCUCCCAGCAGGUCUGGAGACAAUCGCUAAGCCAGGGGACUCAGCUCCCCCUGGACCUGCUGCCCACCCUGCCCCGAGAGUCCCAGAUCUUCAUCAUCAGCCGCCAUGGGAUGCCACUGGGGGAACAGGACAGUGUGCUGCCCCGACGCAGCCUGGCGGAGAUCUCCGAGGCGUCCCCAGCUCCCAGCGCCACCCGCUCCUUCUGCUGCAGGUCUCGGGCCCUCCUGCUCAUCACCCUCAUCGCCGUGGUGGCCGUGGUAGCUGCCAUCCUGCCCUGGGUGCUGCUGGUGAGGAAGCAGGCUUGAGCGGCGGCAUGCAGAGGACGGAGGAGCGAGGCCCGGCCUCGAAGCUGGGCUCGGUGCUGCGCAGGCCACGGCUUGGGAGAGGGUGGAGGGUCCCAGGGCAGCCCUGGGACAAGCAAGCUCCAAAGGGAGGUGCUAGGCUCAGAGUGGGUGGGGCUAAACUGGAAGUUUGAGGGCUUUGUCUCCAGCCUUUCCAUCCCUUGUCAGCGAGGGCUUUGGGAUGCGGAGGGGCAGGGAUCCUCCUCGGCUCGCGCUGAACCGAGCAGCUGACUCCCCAGGUGUGGCCUCAUGAGACUCCCCAAUAAGCACGCCUUCUCUAGGCUGGAACUAAGCAAGCUAGAAGGUGGGUGGCCACUGCCCUCCUCUAGGGUCACAGACUGUACCUGCCAAGCAACCAACCUAAAGCCAGGUAGGCCUUCUAGGUAUAAGGAAGUUCUGCUGGCCAGCCCUGCCAGGUGGGGCCCCAUGGAAGGCCUCUUCCAGGCCAGAACCCUCCCUCAGAGGAUUCUCUACCGUGCUCUCAGGAACAAACAGGAGUUGAUACGGGGUCCCAACUCCAGUGUCCCGGCCUCUUAGGCCCCAAUAUGACCCUCAACCAUCACGCUGCUAAGUCUUCUGGUCUCCAACCCACCAUCUUGAAAGGUCUUCUUUGAGGGAGAAGAUGAUCUCAGGACGGGGGAGGGAGGUGAGGGGCAACAGAAAAAGGGGUUUCUGGGUUGUCAAGAUCACAACAGGGGACGAUGUGAAAGAGGCCACAGAGGCGGGGUUUCUGCAAACCUGCUCCUGCCCAAGGAGCAGGCCUGAUUUUGAGUCUUGGGGUUCUCAAGGGUAAAAUAAAAGACAAGGGGUGGAGGGGACGCCCUACAGGUGAGACUUGAGUCAGCUGAGAGCUAUGUGAGCAAAUUAACCCCUGGGGGCUCCCGCCUCCCUCCCUGCCAAGUCCACCUCCUCAUGACCCAACCACUCAUUAGAGGCCACACCAGCUGGGCCAGUUUCCCCGGGUGGAUUCUCUAGGGCUGAGCUGGGUGAGGAAGGGUGGGGAAGAAAACAGCUGUGCUCGUCAGGGACACUGCUGUCUCAACAAAUGCUGAGGGCCAGGCGCCCCACGAUGGAGUGGCUGGGUACCUCACUGAUGAAGCCUAUAAGGAAGGCCUCAGAGUGGGUCCCCUCUUGAGGAAGUCCUCGAGGAAGCUAGUCCCUUAUAACCAAAAACAACAGGGACCUCCAGCUACUGUCACAAAUAAGAGGGGGUUGGCAUCGAGGGUGCGCCAGUAGCUAAGCCCAUCUGCCCCUUACACCCUUCUCCUCAGAAGUUUACUGUCUGUGUGGAAAGAAAGAACUCUUAGCUAGUUCUCUGAUGUCUGCAUGGUUGACAUCUGGGGACCAUUAGGGAAGCGGCUCAUCCUUCAGGGGACGUAUGCGACGAAGCAGGGCUGCUUUGGGGUACUCACCAGCUGCUUCAUACGCCUUUUGAGACUGGAGAACACAGGUGCUGUGUGCACGUGGAGGGAACAGGUAGAUUGUGGGAGGUGGACAAUAUUUAUUGGAGAAACAAAAGGAACAUGGCCUUGCAGUCUUGGGAGUCGGCGUCACCUGGGCAGGCUGCGCUAACCAGUGUCAUGAGCUUCUAGGGAACCGAUUCAAGGCCUCUCAGAUUCUGCCGUGUUUGCCGAGUCUUUUCCAAACGACCUGUGGUGUUUUCAUAUUGUUCAGCUGCCACUCGUAGAAGCUUACUUGUUUCGUUUUCAACAAAAGGUCUAAAGCUAUUUUUAAAAUAAAAGUAUAUAUUUUCUCAGAGUCCAGA